AGUAUUGACUCGAUAUCCGUGACAGACGGAUCUUUUGGAUUUCUUUGGGGUUUUAGAGGAGGGAAAUUUGGUAGGGGGUCGUCGCGCUGGACGCGACUCGGCGCUAUUUCGCUCGAUUUUUUCUCCAACCGACUGCAUUCCGAAGAAGAGGUGUGAGGAUUUUUUAUAUUGAGAUGGAGACUGCGGGGAUGAUGAAUGAUCGCACUACGUCUCCUUUGGCCAAACAGGAGAGUGCAAAAUUGUGGCAGUACCUGGCAGCAUGUUCAGCGAGUUUUUUGGCGGUCGGAGUGGGCACAGCCCUCGCGUGGACGUCGCCGAUCCUCCCCACGCUCAACGAAGCGUCCUUCCUCCCAGUGUCCGACGAGGAAGGCUCGUGGGUGAGUUCCCUCCUGGCGAUAGGGGCAAUCGUCGGUGCCCUUCCCGCUGGAGCCCUGGCUGACAAACUGGGUCGCAAGAAGGCUCUCCUCCUCCUCGCCGGGCCCUUCCUCGUCUCCUGGGUGUUGAUCAUCCUCGCCAGGAGUGUUUGGGUCCUCUGCGUGGCUCGCUUCGUCGUCGGCAUUGCUGUCGGCGCCGCCUGCGUCCAGGUGCCCUCGUACAUCGCGGAGAUAGCAUCGCCGUCGGCCAGGGGAACACUUGGAGCAAUGUUCCAACUAUUUCUCGGAGGAGGAAUCCUCAUAUCCUUCAUUUUGGGGGCCGUCACGUCGUACACCGUCUUUGGUAUUCUCUGCGCAUUGAUCGAAGUCAUCUUCAUCGGGAGCUUUUUGUUCAUGCCAGAGUCACCUGCCUGGCUUGUUGGACAAGGAAGAAAAUCAGACGCCACAAAAGCCCUAAAAAUCCUCCGAGGGGACCGGUACAACCCGAGCGAAGAACUAGCGGAAAUGCAGCGAGAGGCUGAGGAAAGUGCAUCCCGAAAAAGUUCAGUCUUCGAUUUAAUCAGAACGAGAGGAUCUCGUCGUGCUGUUCUCGCCUGUUUCGGUGUAAUGAUGUUCCAGCAAUUAUCUGGCAUCAACGCUGUCAUAUUCUACACUGUUACUAUUUUCGAGGCUGCUGGUAGCAGCAUGAGUCCCACCCUUGCCGCCAUUGUCGUGGCGCUGGUUCAAUUUGUGAUGUCUGGAGUCGCAGCGAUAAUUGUCGAUCGAGCCGGCAGAAAACCCCUUCUCAUUCUGUCCUCAACCCUGAUGGGACUCAGUUUGAUAGCGCUUGGUAUUUAUUUCAAAAUCAAAGACAGCGGCGACGAGGUUUCCAGUUUAGGCUGGCUACCUAUCACCUCUUUGACAUUCUUCAUGGUCGCCUUUUCCGUGGGACUAGGACCAAUCGCCUGGAUGUUGAUGCCCGAAUUAUUCACGAUAGAAACGAAAGCAGUGGCAUCAGGCCUAGCUGUUAUGCUCAACUGGUUUCUAGUGUUUCUCGUCACUAAAACAUUCCCAUCCAUGAAGGAAAGUCUAGGUGCUGCAGUGACCUUCUGGAUAUUCGCUGGUAUCAUGAUUGGUGCUUCAGUCUUUGAGUACGUGUUCGUCCCUGAGACUAAAGGAAAAACACUGCAGGAAAUCCAGAACGAACUUAACGUUCCUAAUAUCCCUAAUUUUUUUAAUUGCCCAUUCGUCAUUGGAAUUAUUCUACCAGAGUACCGCAUAAAAAUAGACGAAAAAAAGAAUAGCAAAAUCAUGAUAGAAGCUAGAGUGAUUCACUAUUUAGCUGCCCCCACUAUGAGCACCAAUGAGGAAUCCUCGGCAGGAAAGGGGGGACAAUAUAAAGACUAUGCAUACACACCAGUAUCCACGAGACCAGUGCCAACAUCAACGGAUUCUACUCUAGAUCAUAACGAGGAAGAGAUCCAGGAGAUUGAGGAUCGUGUUAUUUUCACUCCAGUUUCCCAAGUGCCCAAGAGAAUGGUCGAGGAAACUGGAUCCAAGUUCUACCAAUUUGUGGCUGCUGUCGCUGCCAAUUUAUGUAUCAUCGCGGGUGGUGCUGUCCUGGGGUGGACGAGUCCAGUCUUGGGGAAUCUGAAGGCCAAUGUAACGGAUCCUGACCUCAGUCCCCUCGACGAAAAAAUCACUGACGAGGAAGGAUCAUGGAUUGGAUCAUUAACACCUGUGGGCGCUUUAGUUGGAAGUUUUGUCGCGGGUUAUCUCGCCGAAACAAUCGGAAGGAAACAAACACUGCUGACAACAAUAGUACCUUUCGGCGUAAGCUGGGUACUAAUUGCAACGGCAACGAACGUCGGAAUGUUAUACGGCGCACGUUUUAUCGGUGGCCUGGCAAUAGCCUUCGCCUUCACGGUGGUGCCGAUGUACGCAGGUGAGAUAGCGGAGCCAUCAAUCCGAGGAAUUCUCGGAUCAUUCCUCCAACUGUUCAUAACAGUUGGACUCCUGUGGGCGUACUGCAUCGGUCCCUACGUGACGUACACAGUCUUCUGGAUCACCUGCAUGAUCCUCCCCGCCAUGUUCUUCAUCGUAUUCUUCUUCAUGCCCGAGUCCCCCUACUUUCUAUCAGCCAAAGGGAAGCAUUCCGAGGUCAUCACUACCCUCGCGAAACUCCGUGGCAAGAGUGUCGAAGGCGUACAAGCCGAGGCCGAAGAAAUUAAGGCGUCCGUCGAGGAAGCAUUCAAGAACGAAACAUCAAUCAUGGAUCUUUAUCGUGUGAAGAGCAAUUUCAGAGCGCUUAUCUACACGAGUGCAUUGGUGACAUUUCAGCAAAUGACGGGUAUCAACGUUGUCCUGUUUUAUUCACAAACAAUCUUCGAUGCCACUAAACCCGCAGACGAUCCCGACAGCGGUCUCUCUCCAUCUGUAUCGACUAUUAUCGUUGGAAUCGUGCAGAUAGGAGCCUCUUGCGUUACACCCCUCGUCGUUGAUCGUUUGGGAAGAAAAAUUCUGCUCGUUUUCUCGGGAAUCGGAGAAAUUGUCAGCUUAAUUGCAUUAGGAUUGUUCUUCUACCUUAAAAAACAAGCUGAGGAAAAUAACGAGGACAUAAGUUCCCUCGGCUGGCUGCCAGUAACAUCUCUGAUGAUCUUCAUCGCGACCUACUGCGUCGGUUGGGGUCCUCUCCCCUGGGCAGUGAUGGGCGAAAUGUUCGCCUCCGAUGUCAAGGCCAAAGCCUCUGGCAUCACAGUAUUCGUCUGCUGGACACUAGCAUUUUUAAUAACAAAAUUCUUCAGCAAUAUUGAGGCUGCCUUCGGCAUGCACACAGCAUUCUGGUUGUUCGCGGUAUUCUGUGUUUUAAGUGUAUUAUUUACGAUAUUUAUUCUGCCCGAGACAAAGGGCAAGACACUGCAGCAGAUUCAGGAGGAGCUUGGAGGUGGAUCCAGUCCUCCGCCUCAUUACUCAAAUGGCAGUGACCCGCAGAGGGAAAAAAAAUCGCCUUGAUGAGAUAACAGUGCCACUGAUUACAAAUUGUCCAUUAUUUUGAAUGAUCCAAUUGUCUAGUCGUUCCCCCUUUCACUCUAAUCAGUCAGAUUUGUAAAUAAAUAUGUACAAAUUGUUGCCA